AAUAGAGAAAGACCCAAAGGCGAGGGAGAAGAACUGGGGAGUGGGGUCUGGAAGACGAUCAUCAUAUUUAAUUCGCGCGAUACAGGCGUUGGCGGAAGCAACUGCUUCCAGCGAAGUUUCCAGAAUGGGCGUGGAGAAUGAUAUUUCUCCGGCCGAUGCUCAUGGGGCUCCGGGAAAGGAGCAGCAAGCUGCCGGAGUGGGAAUUCUUCUUCAGAUCAUGAUGUUGGUUUUGUCUUUCGUUCUUGGCCACGUCCUACGUCGCAAGCGGAUAUAUGUUAUACCUGAAGCAAGCGCUUCUCUUCUUAUAGGUUUAAUUGUUGGUGUACUUGCUAACGUUUCAGACACAGAAACUAGUAUCAGGGCGUGGUUCAAUUUUCAUGAGGAAUUUUUCUUCCUGUUCCUGUUGCCUCCCAUUAUAUUUCAGUCCGGUUUCAGUCUAUCACCUAAACCUUUCUUCUCAAAUUUUGGAGCAAUUGUGACAUUUGCUAUAUUUGGUACCUUUAUUGCUUCAGUAGUCACUGGUGUUUUAGUUUAUCUUGGUGGUUUACUCUACCUCAUGUAUAAACUUCCUUUUGUGGAGUGCCUAAUGUUUGGUGCUUUGAUAUCAGCAACGGAUCCUGUUACUGUUCUGUCCAUAUUUCAGGAACUUGGCACAGAUGUCAACCUAUAUGCCCUGGUGUUUGGAGAAUCUGUCCUGAAUGAUGCAAUAGCAAUUUCCUUGUACAGGACUAUGUCAUCUGUCAAAACUAACCACUCUGGACAAAAUUUCUUCAUGGUGGUUGUGAGAUUUUUGGAGACCUUUGUUGGUUCGAUGUCUUCAGGUGUUGGGGUUGGAUUUACAUCUGCUUUGCUUUUUAAGUAUGCAGGAUUGGAUAUUGACAAUCUUCAGAACUUGGAGAGCUGUCUUUUUGUUCUUUUCCCAUAUUUCUCGUACAUGCUUGCAGAAGGUCUUGGCUUGUCUGGUAUUGUAUCAAUACUGUUCACGGGAAUAGUCAUGAAGCAUUACACAUACUCCAAUUUGUCAGAAAGUUCUCAAAGAUUUGUCUCCGCAUUUUUCCAUCUAAUAUCAUCACUGGCAGAAACAUUUAUAUUCAUAUACAUGGGGUUCGAUAUUGCUAUGGAACAACAUAGCUGGUCGCAUGUUGGAUUUAUAUUCUUUUCCAUUAUAUUUAUUGGGGUUGCAAGGGCAGCAAAUGUCUUUUCUUGUGCUUAUUUGGUUAAUUUAGUCAGACCUGCAAAUAGAAAGAUACCUCCAAAACAUCAGAAAGCACUUUGGUAUAGUGGACUUCGAGGGGCAAUGGCAUUUGCCCUUGCUCUGCAAUCAGUUCAUGAUCUUCCAGAAGGACAUGGGCAGACCAUAUUCACUGCAACUACAGCUAUAGUUGUUUUAACGGUAUUACUGAUUGGUGGUUCAACGGGAACCAUGCUGGAAGCCCUAGAAGUUGUUGGUGACAGCCAUAACAUUGACAAUGCUUUGAGUCCAGUAGGAAACAUCAAUAAUUUUGAAGGAAACCAUGGUUAUAUUGCUCCUUCGUAUGAUGAAGAAUCUUCAUCGGGCAACAAAAUCAAAAUGAAAUUGAAAGAGUUUCAUCGGAGUGCUGCGUCUUUUACAGCUUUAGAUAAAAAUUACCUCACCCCAUUCUUUACAAGUCAAAAUGGAGAUGAAGAUGAUGAAGAAGAGCCUCUUACUACAAGAAGAAGCUUUCAGGGCAAUGAUCAUUACUAUAGUGAUUCUCGCUGAAGAACUUUCUUCAAGCUAUUUGAUGCCUAUUUUGUACAUAAGUCGGACUCUGCAAUAUUACAUCUAAGCUUUGGAGGAAUAGACAGACAUUAAAAUGGUGCGAUACGUUUGAUUAUUGCUUCCCAAGUAUGUAUAAGUUGAGAAAUCUUAUGGCAGCUAGGCAUUGUGGCCCCUGAGGCGAGGCUGGGAAGUCGGAAUACUCAGAAGACAUGUCUGCAGCUGAGAAGCGUGAUAGAUAUACCGUUCAAGCUGAUGAUUAUAUGUCUUUCUUGAGGUUGGAGGCUGAGAAAUUGAAUUUGAUCACUUGUAACAUUUUAGUUUACUUUAUAAGCUUACUCGCUCCCAUUUUGCUCUUCUGUGACGUUUUUCUAAUUUUUUAAGCUUUAAGAUAAUUCUAGAUUACUCGGACAUUGUAAUGAUGAGUUUAUUACCAAAAUCAAUAAGAAGAUAAUGUUUCGGCUAGAA